AUGACCCACCACUCCCACCAUCUCCACUUCUUUCUCCAACCCCACCAGGCCACCACUUACACAGCUUCUUUUCCACCAUCUCCACCUUCUUCCCCACCAUCUCCAUCUUCUUUAAACCUUGAGAAAGAGAGAGAGAGAGAGAAAGAGAGAGAGAAGAAGGAGAAGAAGAGAGAAAGCUCACCUGAGCUCGUCGCCGGAGCAACCGUGCGCCGUGACCACGUUCAGCUUGCCACCACCGAUAAACACCCUAGACCACCAUCAUGUUCCUCUCGUCGAGACGAAGCCGUAGACACCAACCACGCCUCAAUCGGAGCCCGGACGAAGCCGCACGCGCCUCCGGAAGUUUCGCCUCUGCGCGCGCGUGAGGUACACGCACCGCCGCCGAAAAACGUCGCCACCGCCGGACCACCGUCCCCCGCUGCCGGAAUACCGCCGUCGCCGCCGGUGACCGACACCGGUGACUCGCCGGCGACUCGGUCAACUCGGCCGAGUCAACUCAAUAUGGAGUCUAUUUGAGCAGCUGGAGUUCAUAGACAACACUUUUCUAUUGCUAAGGUGAGACAAACAAGUAUGUGAUAUUUGGACGGACUUGGUGCUACUGGACUUUUCUUUCGGAUUUUAUUUGGGCAUGGGUGAGAGUUGUCGGGUUUAUGGGCUUUUAUAUUACGGGAUAUUGUUGGUGGCCCGUCGUCCUUAGUGUCAGGGAGACGGGUAUCACAUUGUUGUAUGAUGACGCGUCGGGGGUGACACGCUGUCCUCCGUAUAGGAGGUGACGGGUGUCACAAUUAUAUUUGUGUAUAUUUUCUUAUUGUGAAAUACUUAGAUUUCUCAUUAUCAUAUAUGUACAAGUUAGAGACUUUGUAUAAUUGAAAUUUGUUUUUAUAAAUA